AUGAUGGGCAAUGUUACGGUGGCUUUAAGCGAGUUCUUGGUCAGCACAUAUCUUUUCCUCAGAAUAUACGCCUUAUAUGAUAAAUCACGUCGCUUAUUGAUGAUGGGGGCAAUUUUUAUGGCAAUUACAAUAGCAAUUCUCGCCGUGAUUCUUGCUGGCAAGGAUCAGAAAGGCGCUGUGACUGCUGGUGGAUGCAAUAUUGGUAGUUCUCCUUCAACAGCAGUUGUCCUUGUCAAUGUGGCUAAUAUGGCCAGUUACUUUCCCCUACUACGUGGAAGUCUUGCUAGGCUAUCUUGCAAUAUCUCUACUGUCAUGAUAACGCGUCUCAUGCUCAACCUAAACAAAAUGACAGAUUUUGGGAUCAUGUCGAGUCCCUCGCAAAUUUCGACUGUACAUUUCAAUCCCACGUCGUCCUAG